CCAUGACACCACUUCGCUACCUGUUAUGAUCACCCCACUUGCUACCAUUCACAAUACCACUACUACCCACAACACCACUUCCCCACCUGCUACCACCCACAAUAUCACCAUCCUACCUGCUACUAUCCACACUACCAUCUCCCCAACUGCUAUUAUCACCCCAACUAGCAUCACCCACAAUACCACCUCCCUACCUGGUCCCACCCACAACACCACCUUCAUCACCUCCCCCAAGAAGCCUGUCACUUCCCCCCAGCCCACCCCAAACUCCACCUCCCCAUCUCCCAUCACCUCCACAUCCACCCAAAAGACUGUCCUCACCUCAGCUUCCAGCACCACAACAUCCACUGGCAAGUCUACCCCUACCUCAACAGCUACCACUCCCACAAGCCCUGGCAAGACGGCUGUUUCCCCUGCACCGGCCACCACCGUGUCUUCCACAACCAUGAUCACCCCCAAGACAGCCACUAAAAAACCAGCUACCAACACGACAUGGCCACCAAAGCCACUACCACCAGGAUACAUCAUUCUUGAACCGGUCACCGCGUCAGGAUCCAAACCAGCUUUCCGUUUGCUGCAUGCCAUCUCCGUUACCAUCGGAAUCUCCUUGUUGAGCAGGGUUCUCUAAUGCCACCGUCACAGGCGCUGCCUCCACCACGUUCCUCCUUCCUUUAAUUCCUCCCCUGACCCAAACUAGCUGAGAUGGCAGCUGCAGACGUUUCCUAUCCCCCCUCAAGGGAAGCAGCGACGCCAUGAAAAGCAAAGACGCACAGUAGAUCAAGCAGCUGUAGCACCGUCACUCUGAUUCCCUGGAGCAAUGCAAUCAUCCCGGAGAAAAGGGAAAGCACGUUAGCACUACGCCAAACAGCACACUGUGGGUGUUGUCGCUCAGCGGUUCGGAGAGAAGAGCAGUACAAGAGUCUCACACCAGGACCAGGAGCAGCAGCAAGGGACCCUUCCUAUUGGCUCACUUUGCCCCAUCCCUGGGUAUGCAAAGCCUUCUCCAGCUGAUCUCCCAAGGCCAAGCCCUCCUCAGGAGCAGCACCCGAUGCCUACGCUGCAUCUCCUUGGUCAGCAAGGGUGAAGCCAGCCCAUAGGGUUACCUGGAGGAAAGUCCAGUUGUGGGGAAGGUUGCAGGGGGUAAAGGACACGGGCUGAAAUACUGAUUCAGUUUGAAAUAAACAGGGGACUAUGGUAGGGCAGAUGCAUUGCUGAUGCUAGUGAGGCUAGCCAUGAAUUUGACCCACUGUUCUGUGCACGACACAUUAACUACGCCUGGUUACAAAUGGAACCGAUAGGGCCAAGUCCUUGGCUGGUGUAAAUUGCCACACUGCCAUUGAAGUCAAGGGAGCUGCAGCAAAUUACACCACCAGGGAAUAACGUUAUCGGGGGUGGGGGUGAGGAAUCACCAUUUUUCCAGCCAAAAAAUACAAGACAAAAUAAAGUCAGAUGACUGUGAGUUCUAGUCUCCCAUUACAACAACCUGGACCUCUCCACCACGCUGGGGACUUUUAUCUGCUGGGGAUCAGUGUCACCAUAUGGCUAACAGGAACCUAUCCAGGGGCCGGCUUCAGUUCCAAAAUCUUUCGGAGUUCAGGCUGCGAGGCAGGCAUGAGCCUGGAAGACACACAUGCCUACUAGAUAAAUACUAGGCAUAAUACUAUGAUCAAUUGUAUUGUGGUUGGGUUGGGCUCCAUAUUGAUCUGUCAAGGGGCUCCACUCUGCCACCCUUCCUUACAUGGGGGAGAACUUGAGCCAUAACUAGUCCCAUUGGAAUCACAAUUGAAACUCGUGGAGUAAGUCACUGCCCACUGUAAGAGGCGCAGAAUUGGGUCUAUUAUUCUUGCGCUAUAAACACAGUAGUGUCAUGUAUCCAUCUGACGGCUCUGCCAGAAAUCCCAUAGAUGUAUUUAAUUUGCUUUAUUUUGGACUUAUGAGAGAUCUUUGAUCAGGAUUUGUUCAAGCCAUGCCAAAGCCACUUGGGUGGGAACAUUUAUUUAAAAGCGUGUAUAUGGAUUAUCAUUUUACUGCUGUAUAGGCAACAUCAGGCAAAGUAUUUUACUUUUUCCUAAUCACAGAUGUCCCUUGAUGUGUACAGUGCUUUCAGUUUAAGCUGUCUUUCCACUUAGUUUUAAUAAAAU